AAUGAUUUGUUGAGCACAGCAUGUUCAUGCUGUUGUUGUUGUGGGACUGAAGUCUUCUAAAUAAUUGCUGGGCCUAACAUCUUGUUGGAUUCCAACCCGAACAAUAAUAUUGAUCAGAUCAAAUCCAACCCUCUGUCGAUCAUGGGUCGAAAAGUCAAAGCUUCGGGAUUGAGCCGUGAAGAGUGCAUGGUGCAAUGCAUCGGCGAUAUCAUUCAAGAGUUGAUCCAGGCCCACCAUCAGGGCAAAGACGUCAAUCUGAACAAGUGUAAAACGCGCUUGUCCUCGAAAUACGGCCUGGAUUCCUCGCCCCGAUUGGUGGAUAUCAUUGCGGCCGUGCCUUUGGAAUUCAAGAACAUCCUGGUGCCCAAGUUGAGAGCUAAACCCGUCAGAACGGCCAGUGGGAUUGCAGUGGUAGCCGUGAUGUGCAAACCUCAUCGAUGUCCCCACAUUAGCAUGACCGGAAAUAUUUGCGUGUAUUGUCCCGGAGGUCCUGAUUCGGAUUUCGAAUACUCGACCCAAUCCUACACAGGUUAUGAGCCCACUUCGAUGCGGGCAAUCCGAGCCCGAUAUAACCCGUAUCUCCAGACAAAAAACCGAGUGGAUCAGUUGAAGCAAUUGGGUCAUAGUGUAGACAAGGUGGAAUUUAUUGUGAUGGGUGGAACGUUCAUGGCGCUGAACCAAGAGUAUAAGGAUUACUUUAUCCGAAAUCUGCACGAUGCCUUGUCAGGCAACUCUUCCGAUUCCGUGGAAGAAGCCGUCAGAUACUCCGAGAAGAGUCCGACGAAAUGUAUUGGGAUCACGAUUGAGACCCGACCAGACUAUUGCCUGAAGAAGCACUUGAGCGAGAUGCUAUCGUAUGGGUGUACUCGUCUGGAAAUUGGUGUCCAAUCGGUUUAUGAGGACGUGGCUCGAGAUACGAACCGAGGACACACGGUCCGAGCUGUUUGCGAGAGUUUCCAACAAGCCAAAGAUGCGGGUUUCAAGGUGGUCUCCCACAUGAUGCCAGAUUUGCCCAAUGUUGAUUUUGAGCGAGAUGUGGAACAAUUCAUCGAGUUUUUCGAAAAUCCCGCCUUCAGGGCCGACGGCUUAAAGAUCUACCCAACCUUGGUGAUCCGUGGAACUGGGCUCUACGAGCUCUGGAAGACGGGUCGUUACAAAUCCUAUCCUCCGGAUGUUUUGGUUGAUUUGGUGGCCAGAAUUUUGGCAUUGGUUCCGCCUUGGACCCGAGUCUAUCGAGUUCAAAGGGAUAUCCCUAUGCCCUUAGUGAGCUCUGGAGUGGAACAUGGUAAUCUCCGGGAACUUGCUCUAGCCAGAAUGAAGGACCUCGGCACGGUUUGUCGAGAUGUCCGGACUCGCGAAGUCGGCAUCCAAGAGAUUCACAACAAAGUUCGUCCGAACGAAGUUGAGUUAAUACGACGCGACUAUUACGCUAAUGAAGGCUGGGAAACGUUCCUCUCUUACGAGGACCCCACACAGGAUAUUUUAGUGGGCCUCUUGAGGUUACGAAAGCCGUCUGAAGAUGUGUUCAGGUCGGAAUUGAAAGGCGGCGUUUCAAUCGUUCGAGAGCUUCACGUCUACGGAAGUGUUGUGCCCGUGUCUGCUCGUGAUCCCGGCAAGUUCCAACAUCAGGGAUUUGGAAUGCUCCUCAUGGAGGAAGCGGAGCGGAUCGCCCGGGACGAGCAUGGAUCCCACAAGCUAUCUGUCAUCUCAGGUGUGGGAACAAGGAACUAUUAUCGAAAGCUGGGGUAUGAACUGGAUGGUCCGUACAUGUCAAAAGAGAUUUUGCUCUAAGACCACCGGGUUCUCAUCCAUCAAAAAUACCAUCUGUCUCUCAAGGGUGCUGUCAGAAAGAUCACAAAUUACAUCCUCUGGUGGACCCUUCAGAAGCGUAGGAAUUUGAAGACGGUCCUUCAAGCGUGUGGACCAAUUAUGUGCGAAGAUGUAUCGAAAUAUUUGGUGUUAUAUUUUUAUCUCUCAUUAACGAUAAAGGGCAAAGGAUAUCGGUGAUUGUAAA